UAUGUCAAAGUAUUUUCGUCUGCCGUAAACAAACAUGGCUUAUUCUGUUAACAUAUCUGUUGAGGCUCCUAUUGAAAAUCAGAUACAGGAAAUAUCAUACGAUGGGCAGGAAAUCUAUCAGAGCCCCCUCUCUAUGUCAGAGAACCUUGCGAAAUUGGCUCAGAAAAUUGAUUUUAGUAAAACUGCUGUGGAUGACUUGAAGAAAGAUAAUGGAGAAAACUUGGACAAAAGCGACGAAGAGUCGUCAGCGAAAGACCCAGUCAACUACCAGUCUUCUUUGUGGCCAUGGGACUCUGUUAGGAACAAAUUAAGGAAUGCCUUAACAGAAGUCUGUGUUUUGCAUGAUGUAUUGGUCAUUGCUAAAGAAAAACGUUAUAUGGUUCUUGACCCAGUUCCACAAGAAAACAUAGAGACAAAGGCAAUGGUGCAAGUGUAUGCAAGAAAAAAGGCCUUAGCAGCAGCAGCAUCAGUUCUUUUAACUGGUGCCGAAAGACUGAGAACUUCACAGAGCGAACUGGUGCGAAAUAGAAAUGUUCCUGAUUUUCACAUAGAGCUUCUAAGACUGAGACAGAACUGGCGGCUGAAAAAAGUAUCAAAUUCUAUAAUUGGAGACUUGAGCUAUAGAACAGCUGGUUCCAAAUAUGCACAAACGGGGAUGUUUGAAGUAACAAAAGCAGAAGAAGAACCACAGCAAGGAACAAGUCCUCCACCAUCCCCAGGAACAGGACCCUUACCAAAGCCAAGUUCAGCACUGCGUGUCACAGUGCCUAGUGAGCUUCAAGGUGUCGCAUAUAUUGAAGUACUGUGUCAGAAAGAUCAAGAAGAUUUGUGCAGUGCUACAAUUAACCUACUUGGGUCAGGGCCUACAAGUACAAAUGCUGAUGUCCACUGGCAACAAAAGCUAGAAGCAGCACAGAAUGUCUUGUUUUGCAAAGAGCUCUUUAAUCAGCUAGCAAAGGAAGCUGUGCAGCUUCAAGCACCAAUCCCACAUAUGGUUGUUGGAAACCAAAUUAUGGCUAACGUGCUACCAGGCAUUCAGCUGAUUAUUGGCCUGUGCCAUAACACAGGAACAGACAAAAAACCUGCUGCUGCUCCACCACAAAAGUCAGAACAUGAUCAUGUGUUGGAGCAUUCCUUACAUCAGUUGUUACGUGAAGUUCACCAUCGUAACACCCACCAUCCGUUUCCACAUCCAGCAUCUGGCCCUCUCGGCCCCAGCAAACGGAGAGCUCUUGCUGGUCCUACUGCUGCAGAUCGCCAUGAGCUGCAGGAGAUGGCAAAAUCGCAGACUCUUUUGGAGCAAAUAAUUCAGCAAGCUCAACACUUCUUCAUGCGUCUGCGGACAGAAUAUGUGUUGGAUACUAUUGCAAAAGAAGUGAAGGAUCCACUCAUUAUAUCACACUGGAAUGCUUUAAAUUCUCCGACUCAGUCAUGUGUAAAAAUAAACAUUAUGACUCAUGGGUAUGACGCAGUGUGCCGGACUUCUCUCAUUGUGCAUGUAGGAGAGAAGUCUCUCAAAUGUGUCUGUCGUGAUGGUCGAGUAAUGCACAUGUCGUAUGAGCCCCAGGAGUUACGUGACCUUAUUUUCUGUCAGAUUUAUCAGCAUCAGAUAGCUGCAGUGCAGAGCCUGGCGAAGCGCAUGGGCUGGCAGUUCUUAUCUAAUAGCUCACAUCUCGGACUUGGUGCUGUGGAGCCUCUAGGAAAUGCUAGUAGCUGCAUUCUCGCCUCCCCAAUUGGAGACAGGAUGAUUGCUGUAAGAUGUGAGCCACAGACAGGAGUUCAGGUUUCUAUUGCACAAUCACCAAGGAAAGACUUCUUCCCUGGUCAGUUGGUGAAAGAGCGGAAGUGGGAGAACUUGGGAGGUAGCUUCAAAGAAGUACGAUGGGACAAGAUGGAAGGAAAGAACUUCCUUAACAAAAUGGAGCUCCUCAUGGCCAGUCUUACAAGUUCCUAGGUCCUACCAAUGUGUUUUACUGACAUUUCUGUUAUGCAUCCUGAUCCUGCUGAACACAAACAUUUGUACUUCUUUUGAUGUUCAGCUUUCGAUCUGUGAGGAUUCAGUGAAACAAAAGAAAGGACUCUUCUUGAAAUGACUUUUUAUGGAUUAAUUUUUAACUCAGUCUUCUUUUGUAAAAAUAGGAGACUUUAAGAGUGUGUGAAAUGAGAGAUUUCAAUUGAUUUUAAUCGGCGUCAGAAAUGCAAGGUAUCACUAAGUUAUUGUACACAAGACAUUCCAUACUCUGCGCAGUUUUUGGGAAUUGUAUAAGAUGUUUCUACUAAUGCUGUCUCCUUGUCAAAACUAUUAUUGACGUUUUUGGAGUUUCUGAGUUCCUUUUCAGAUAUACACAUAUUUGUUCAGUGUUCAUUUGCAUAUUUUGGCAUAAAAUGACUUUGUAGGAGUGAAUUUCUUAUGGUUAUUAAGUAAAGAGUAAUCAGUGUAGUAGUCUUCUCUUGCAAUUUAUCACAAUUUGAAACCUGAUGUGUAGAGCGUAAAAUGAUGAAAAACCUUUUCAAUGGAGAACAAGAGGUUAGCUUUGCUGUCCUAUUUUUGUGUAUUCAAACAUUUAAGGUUUGUGUUGAUUAAUUGAGUAUUGGUAACAGCAAUGCAAUUCAAGGUAUACAGAAUGCUUACUAUUUGUGAUAUUACUGAGAAAUUAGGUGCAGUAUGAAAUUGUGAUAAAUCAACACUGAAGUUGUGAGAAUUAAACAUGAUUAGCACUACGUGUCAAAAACAGAGGGGACAAAUGAGCAGAAAAAAACUUUUCAGGUGAUGUUUGUGGCGUCAUUAUGCCAUUGCUUUAAAAUUUGGUUGACUAAACCUCUGUUAUUUCCAAUCAUUGCUCUUGGAAGUCAUUGCAAGCAGUAUUUAAAAGAUCUUAAGUGAUUGGAACCAUUUCUUUCUUUCAUGUUUCUGGCUGCUUACAGUAUUCAGACCCUCACUUAACAGGACACAGGUGAAGAUAAGACUGAUAUAGACGAAUUGCGGUUUAAAAAUAAAGAACCGUAUCACCUGAGCUGUGGUCUAUCAUCCAAUAAUUUACAAGAAAUUGUGAAAUUAUGUUGACCAAUAGUCUCACUGCACAAGAGCUACAAGAUGGAGACGUUGAUGGUAACACAUUUUGUCAUCACAACUAGAUACUGAUGAUCAGUAUUGCUACUGGAUAUGACAAAUGAAAGGGGGCAGAAGCAGAUUUUUGUACUGCACUGUGGUAUUUGUUUUGAACAGCUAAAUAUAUUUUUUUUUGUAUUGCUUAGGGUGUAAAUGACUUGAUAAGUAGGCUCACUGCAGUAUAACCCAAAUAAUGAGCAUUGAAUGCAAUUGCUGUUCAGUGCUUACCUAUUUUGUGAGGUGACACAGUUCACACAAAAAAGUUUUUUGUUUCAUGCAAUGUGAUUGUUCAUUUGUAUAUACUAAAGAUAUUUAGGCAUUUGAGUUGUAAACAGUAACAUCAUAUUUUCUCGAUUGAAUUUUCCUUUGUUAAAUUGUGUACUGAACAUAUGAAAUUGUUUUCAUUUUAUUCUGUAAAAGCUAUAAUAAGAUGUCCAUUUAUCUUACAUUUGUGGAUAAUUUAUGAAAAGUACAAUUGCAUUUGAAUUGAUUGUCUGAGUGAUAUGCCAAUGAAAAUUGUGGCACAGAUAUGUAACAUUUUAACAUAGAGAGAAACUGAGUUUAAAUGACAUGGAGCAGGGAAUAUGUAUAGUAAAAAUAAGCUGGGUUGGAUGAAAAAAAAUGAGAAUUUAGACUGUACUGUUCAUCAUGUAUUAUUCACAUAGCUUAAACUGUUGUUAUUGGUCACUUAUUGCUAUUUGUGCUGUUUAAGGUGAUCUAAUUGUAGAGAGAUGGUAAAUGUCUAACACACAAUGCAAAUUUGAUGUAAUCUAGAACUGUGCAUUAUUUACCAAACUAUUAAUUGCAAAAGAAUUUUGUUUAACAUGAUGAACUAUCAGUUUGCAUUUUUUGCUGCUCUUUUUUUUUUUAG